AUGCCGGCAGUCCAAACGUUAACCGGUUCGGGAUUGAUUGCAGGCUGUAGCCGCCUGAACACGCCAUUGGCAGCCACCACCACGCUGGAGGAUCCGGGAACACCAGCCUCUUGGAAGGGCCCGCCACCCGGUUCGGAGGCGUCGCCCUUUACACCGAACUCCGUCGGCCAGGGUGGAGGUCCAGGGUCCGGUCCCUACAACAGUACAGGUGGCCCGCCCAGCAAUGCGGCCUUCCAAGGUCCUAGCCCGUUUCCCGGUGGUGCUGGUAGUCCAGCGGGUGCGCCGCCUUAUCAGGGCCCACCACCCGGGUCCGCGACCCCUCAGUACACCGCCUCGCCGGCCCCAAGUGGUUCCUCGACACCCGGUCCGGGACCACCGCCGAAUUCCGCGGGUUUUCCGCCACCGCCGAACAAUUCCGGGCCUCCGUACAACGGGCCCGGGCCCAGCCCGUUCGGUUCGCCUUCCGGUGGGCCUCCGCAGUUCGUCGGCAGGCCAGGUUCCUCGGGGCCGCCGUUCGUUCCUCCCGGAGCCGGUAACCCCCACUUCCCGUCCCAUGGACAGCCUUUCGGCGGACCCCAAUACGGAAUGCCGCCCGGAAGCCCGUUCGGACCUGGACAUCCGAUGACAGGACCUAUCGGACCCGGUCACCCUGCCAUGAUGGGACCCGGGGGACCUGUGGACAGGAUGGACCAAGGGUGA